CAGCGGCGGCGGCGGUGCGUGUCAGGGCGGCGGGCUUGACGGAUCGACGACGCGCCGCGACGAGGCGCUCCGCUCCCUCUGCGUCGCUCUCGCCGCGCCGCCGCUCGCCCACAUGCCGCCACCCGCGGUGCUGGCACUGCUCGGCACGGCGACCGACGGCGUCGCUCCGCCCCCAAGCGCAUCGAGCGCGCGGCCAACCGGCGAGGGGCUCUUUGCGUGGCUUGCGCGCCAGGCGAGCGUGCUGGGUGCGAGGCUGGAGCAGGGCAUCGCCGAGGCGACCCUCGAGGCCGCCGAGCCCCACUGCAAACCUCGAGGCGCCGAGCCCCACGCGCCCGGACGGCGCCGCAGUCGCGUCUCUCUCACUGGAGCCCGUGCUGGUGCUGACGACGGUUGGCGCAGACGCGGCGCUGCUGUCGCCGGCGAGGGAGUACGCGCGUCGGCGCGCCAGCAGCCUCGUCGACGCGUUGGCGCCGAGGUUCGCCGAGAUACGCCGAGGUACGAUCGAGCGGCGCGCGGGCGGGGAGGGGCAGCCGUCGGCGGCGGCUCUCGGCCACGCCUUCCUUCCGCACGCUACCGUGGUCGAGGGGCUGGAGCCCGUCUGGCCGCGCGGCGUUGGCGAGCCGCCCUGCUGGCGCCUCCCCACGGCCUGGUUCCGAUGGUUCGCGUCCGGCGACUUGCUCGUGCUCGCUCUGCUCCUCGCCCUCAAGGAGCUGCGCUGAUGACGGCGUGUGCGGGCUGGCUGGCGCCUGGCGGGCGCUGGUCGAGGCUACGGGAAGCAAAACAGUCUCCGUGCAUAUCUUGCCUUUGUGAAUUCCUUAGCUUUCCACAUUUCGCAGCAAGUCGGAGUUAUAAUGACCGAGUUCACAGCCUUGUUGGGAGAAGAGUUCUUAAAAU